UCCUUGGUAUAAUAGUUGUUAGCUAAAACUAGCUACCGAGUAAAAAUGCCAGGGCGUUGUUCAGCUUUCAACUGUAGGAAUACGUUUAAAAAUGUUAAACAUAAAACAAACAAGGUUACAUUUCACAGCUUUCCAAAGCGUGAUCCUAAACGAAUAAAAGAGUGGGUGGGUCAGAUGAAAUGGAAAGACUGGCAGCCAACCCCUCAUUCCUUACUGUGCUCAGAGCAUUUUGAGGAGAGGUGCAUGGAUAGAACUGGGCAGACAGUGCGUUUACGUGAUGAUGCAAUACCAACUAUCUUUGCCUUUCCUAGUCACCUACAAAAAAAGGUAUUUAGUCAAUUGAGGCAGGUGUGUUGUUUUCAUUUAAACUAUUAGACCAAACUGAGUCUGGCGGUUGUGAAUUUAACAUAUGAGGGAUUCUUGAAACGUGCUUUGGCUUUGUUGGUUGAGUUGAACUUUGUGUUUUAUUGUUGAGUUCUUGUAGUUUCAGAAAACAGCCGGAAGGAGGAAAAGAGUAACCUUGGUGAGAAAUGCAACAUUAAAAAAAUGUAACUGUAUUACCAGUUUUCCAU